AUCAAGGUUGCCAAAGCAAUGCGGCAACUGGAAGAAGGAGGUGUGAACAUUUAUUAGAAUGGGAGAUGAAGAGGUACAAAAGUGAGCUUGAGAAAAGUCAGCAAACACAGAUUGCAGGAGACUUAUCAUUCAGUGGUACCCCACAGAAGAGUUUUACUGCUCCUUUUACACCAAUUCAAAGUCAUAAAGAUGCUAAGUUUGAAGAAUUAGAAGAAAAAUACAAUAAAGAGGUAGAAGAAAGAAAAAAGCUAGAAGCAGAACUGAGAAUCAUCCAGCAGAAAAUUAAUCAGUCUUAUCCUCAAAGCAAUUUGAGUCACAGGGAGAUCGCUCGGCAUCAGGCUUCCUCAUCUGUGUUUUCAUGGCAACAAGAAAAGACACCAUCUAGAAAUCUAGAAACCCCUGUAAGGAAAAGUUCUGCAACAUCCUGUUUUCCAUGGGAAAAAGAAACAAAUUCUAAUAUGUUAUCAGAGACGAAAGAGCUCAACAACAGUUUUGCUGAGAAUUGUAACAAUUCUUCACUCAUCAACCAGCUAAGAGCACAGAAUCAAGAGCUAAAUUCCAAAGUUAAAGACCUAGAACAACACCUGCAAGUUCUCGAAAAAGAGAAGAAAACCCAUAUGAAUAAACAUCAAGAGAUUCAGCUCCAGCUGGAUAGAAUGAGGUUGGAAUUAAUAGAGAAGGAUAACAUUCUGAACAAAAACAAAGAUGAAGCCACUAGACUGACAACACGACUUGACCAAGCUACUGCACAGGUCAAAAUGAUGGAGCAAAAGGUGAAAAAAAUGUCAGAAGAACUGAAUUGUCAAAGACAAAAUGCUGAAAGUACUCGUUGCUCUUUAGAACAGAAAAUAAAAACAAAGGAAAAGGAAUACCAAGAGGAACUAUCCUGUCAACAACGUUCCUUACAAACACUGGAUCAGCAGUGCAAUCAGAUGAAGAGCAAACUGACCCAGGAGCUUCAGCAAGCCAAAAAUGAGUUCAGCGCGCUGCGGGCAGAAUUGGACAAAGUAAUGGCAGUGAAACAACGCCUGGAACGUGAUACCAGUGAUCUCACCCAGAAGCUGUGCAGAGCAGAGCAGGCUUUAUUAGCAACCCAGGCCAAGGAUACUGAUUUGACAAGAAGCUUUGAGGAAUUGAAGAAGGAAAAAAAUCUUCUUGAUUGUCAAUUUGAAAAAAAAUUGCGAGAAAUCCACCAACUUGAAGAAGAGCUAAAAACUACAAAGCAGUCUCUAAAACAGAGCCAGAUUUUUGCUGAAGAGAUGAAAAAUAAGAAUAUAUUUCAGGAAGCAGAAUUAAAAUUACUACAAGAGAAAUGUAAAAAGCAGGAUAACUCUCUUUCUUUGGAGAAGCUGAAAUUAGCUUUAGCUGACAUGGAAAAGCAGCAAGCUUCUACUCAAGACCUGCUCAAGGAAAAAGAAAAUUAUAUUAAAGAACAAAAAUGUAAAAUAAGUAAAAUGGAGGAAGAAUCAGGAGCUUUUCAGAGCAUCCUUGGAUUCAAGGAGAGAGAAUAUGAAGAAUUAAAAAAAGAGGCUGCUGCUUUUUCUCAGUGGAAAAAUGAAAGUGAUGAUCUUAUAAAUAAACUUAAGUCUGAAAAAGAAGGCAUGCUGUCUCAUAUUAAUGAUUUGGAGAGUUCGCUCCAAAGUGAACAAGUCAAAAAUAAUGAACAUAGUGAGAAACUCAGAGUAAUGGAAACUGAAAAAGAAAGGAGGAGGAUAGAGAUUAAAGAACUCAGAGACAUGUUAGAUGGUAAAAGCAUGCAAUUAGAAGCAAAGGAAAAUGCUUAUGAUGAACUACAACAGCGAGCAGAAUUUUCUGAUAAAAAGUACUUGAAAGAAAUAGAAACUAUGUCCUGUAAAAUAUUCCAGCUCACCAACCACGUUAGUGAACUAGAAGGAAGGUUACAAUUGGCAGCAUGUGAAGGACUGCAAAGGGAUCGAUGUUUCCAUGGCCUCCUUGGCGAACAUGAGAGAACUUGUUGUCUUGUAGGAGCAAAGGCUGUUCCAGAAAUGACAGAAGAUGGAGAAGUUCUUCUACAAAACAAUCGGGAUGAAGCUGUUUUUGAUGAUCAACAACUCGCCAUGAGUAACUCCAUCACUGAGGAGCACAGAUGUGCAAAAGCUGUUCUAGGAAUAGAAGAAAACAAGGAUCUGACCGUCCUAAAAGAUCAAAUUUCUUCUCUUGAGGUUUCAUUGGUGGCUCAAAAACAGAUGAAUUCAGAACAAAAGAAGCAGUAUGAAGACUUACUGCAAGUCAAGGAUGAAACACAAAAAAGGUUAGUUGAUGUAGAAAAGAUGCAUGAAAGCUUCGUGACAGAAGCUAAACAGCACAUUAGUAAUUUGCAGGUAGAUAUUUCAGCACGUCAGGACUUUAUUGAAAAAACAUUAGCUACUCUUCAGGAAAAGGAGAUGCAACUACAAAUGCUGAAUGAAAGAUUAGAAAACGGGCAAGCAGAGAUUCAGUAUUUAAAGAUCAAUAAUAAAUUGCUUGAGGAUUCAUUAAGACAGCUAGAGCUCAUGUCUGAAACAUGGAGUUCAGAGAAAAAAGACAUGUCUUCAGUAAUUUGCACUUAUAACAAAGAAAUUGAGAAACUUACUGAAGAAAAUGGAGCCCUUAGGGAUUUAAGCAGAACUUUAGAGCAAGAACAAAUAACUUUACUUGAAGCAAAUAAAAGUAUAUCUAAUAGCUUAAAGGAAAGAGAAGAAAUAAUUUCUGAAAUGUCUAGAAGACAGAGAGAGGAAAGAGAAUGUAUUGAAGCAAGAUCUGAAGAAACUGAAAAGGAGCUUACUGUUCUGCAAGCAAAGUACAAAUUGAUGGAAGAAAAAAAUGUGAACAUGAUGUGCAUUUUAAGAGAGCAGACAAAUAAAUCUGAGAAGAAUAAAGCAAAAUUAGAACAAGGAAAACAGAUAUUUAGUGAGAAUCAAGACAUCUUAUGUAAACUACUAGCCUCAGAAGAAACAAAAAAACACUUAAUUCAAGAACUUCAACAACUACAGUCAGAAUUUUCCCAUAGCGAAAAUAUACCUUCUGUUGAGCUUGACUGUUUAAGACAGGAAAUUUUAACCGUCAGGGCAACACAGAGUAAAACGCAAGAGCAAUAUGAUACCUUAUUUCAAGAGAAGGAGCAAUUGGUCACGGGACUAGAAAGUAAAAGUGAACCUGUAAUUUGUGGCUGCAGUGAUGAAAGGAGAUUCACUUCUGAACAGCUGAGGAACCCUGUGGAAGACAAGGACACUCAGCUAAAACUCGAGCAUCUUCAAAUCGAUUUUGAGGAUCGAGGUCCCUCUGCAGAAAACUACAGGUUACAAAUAAUGCAGUUGGAGACUGCUUUAAAAAUAAUGGAAGAAGAACAUGAGAAAUGUAAGAGGGAAAAGGAGAAAUUGCAGGAGGAACUCUUGUCUGUUAAAGAAUAUAAAACUUCAGGUUGUCAGCCAGCAAGGUUAGAUGAAGGUAGCCGCUCAUUAGAGUAUAAUUAUGGUACUGCUAUCCGGAAUUGUGAUAGAAGAGGAAUGAGUGAAAGUUACUCAUUGCUUUUCCCUGCAUUGACCUCUGGAGAAAAUCAUCCUGACCAACUGGCAUCAUCUUUGCAGGUAACAAUAAGCAAGCUGAAUGAGCUGGAGAAAAUGUGUGAAAGAUUACAGACUGAAAACCUAGUAUUAACUUCUGCAAUUACUGAUUCAAAAACUGAUAGCAUCACAGUUAUUAAUAAAAUGACUGAAGAGGAAGAGAAAAUAAUGAAUGCAGACAAAAAUUUAAAAGAUGAGAAAGCUAUGUUUCCUGACGAACUUAUGGAUCAGAGUGAUAAUAGUGAUAGAGGGAUAUAUUUUGAUAAUAAGCAAGUACCCUUCAAAUUUAAAGAAUGCGGUGCUGGAUAUAGUUCUGAAUAUGAAUGCAAAGACCUAAAGUUAUCCAGAAACGAAGUUAAAAUGCACUUUGCUGAGAUAAGAGAGAAGUUUUUCUCUUUACAGAAUGAGCAUAAAGUGCUAUAUGAACAACAUUGCACUAUGAGGUCAAAAAUAUCUGAGCUACAGUGCUGUAUUGAAACACUGAAGGCAGAAAACUCUUCAUUGUCAACAAGUCUGAGCGAUGCUAAUACGGAUUCAAUGAGAGUGCUCUUAUCUUCCAGUCAGAGGGAUGGACAGCUGGAUUUAGCUGAAACUAAGGCUGCUAUUUCUUUUCCUGAUCUUUCUCAAAGCCCCUCUUUUAUAAAAAUAAGUCAGACUGAUAGUUCUUUCGACAGUGGUAUAUACAAAUGGCCAGAGGAAAUUAAUCAGUUAAAUAGUUUAGAAGAAAUAAUUCCAGAAGGUGCAGGAAAAGUUUUAGCGGAAAAUCCUUGUAAUGAUCCCACACUGGACUCUGCAAAAGAAGAAAAGACCGUUACCCCUGGAAAGGCUAAUCUUGAGAGUAGGGUUGAAGAACUUCAAAUGCUGUGUCAGACAUAUGAGAAGUCCAUUAAGGUGCUUGAAGACCAAUUUCACCUUCAGGAAGAUAGGAAGAAGGACGAAAUACAAGAGCUGAAGCAAAUUAUACUCUCUGAAAGAAAAGAAAUAGAUCAUCUCAAACAGCAAAAUAUAUCUGACAAUGAAGAAUGGCAGCAGAAACUGCGUAACCUGAGUAUGGAAAUGGAGUGCAAACUGGCAGCAGAGAGGAGGCAAACUUUAAAUCUGUCUUUGGAGCUAGAAGCAGCCAGGUUCCACCUGCAAGCCCUUGAUUUGAGCUCUCGUUCUCUGCUGUGUGCGGAUGCUGAAACGAACCCCCAACAAGAAAGCAACAGCUUUUAUGAACUGAGAAUGCCUAAUGAAAACGCAGCACAGAGAAACGACACACCUGAGCGGAGCCCCUGCAAAAAAAUGGCGAUAAGAGCGAAAUCCAUGUGUGAAAAUGUAACUGAGACCAUUGAAGGAAGAUUUCUAGAAGACUGUACUGAGAAGUUGCGUGGAGAACAAGAAUGUAGAAAUUUGUCAGAAGAAAUUGUUAAUGUGUCAGACUGUGCUAGUGUGUUGUCAUUCUCCAGCACUAGUAGUUUUUUGAGUGCAGGGGAUUUUUCUGAAAAUCAAAUAAGCACUGAAACAAACCAGCAAAUUGCUGAAAAUCUGAAUUUGAUUUAUGAGACAGAGGAAAGCAGAAAGAAUGUUGAUUUAUUACUGAAAGCCAAGGAAUUAAACUUGCCAUUGGACUUUCAGCAUACACACUUAACUCCUCAGAGAUCAGCUUUUGCAGAACUAGAAGAAACUGCUGUGCUGCUUAAAAAAAUAAAUUGUGACAUGAAAGAAAAACUGGAAUCUGUUUCUGUCGAUAAGCAGCAAUUAUCUCUUAGAGUAAUGUCUUUAGAAAAAGAACUUGGCAACGUAAAGUCUGAGCUGGAAGAAUAUAAAGUUAGAUUGUCUAAUGUAACAGCAACAGAGACACUGGAUGAUGUAGAAAUGACCAACAAAGACUGGCAUGAGCGAUUUAUUGAAGUGGAAAAUGAACUGAGGAGGACAAAAUCUGAGAAAGUAAAUAUUGUGAACCAGGUCUUUUCCAUGGAGAAAGAUUUUGAAAUCCUUCAGUCAAAAUAUCAGCAAUUAGAAAGGGACAGAGAAAUUAAACUAGAAACUAUUUGUAGACUUCAAGAGCACCUUGCUGCAGUCACGACUGAGAGAAAUCAUAUUGGCCAAGAACUAAAUAUUUUGUCUGAAAAUAAAAAAGAAUGGGAUAAAAUGUAUCAGAACCUACAAGAGAAAUUAAAAGAGCUAGAGUCAAAUAAAAAGAAUGUUACUGAAUUCAUUAGGUCAGGGGAUGAAGUGAUGACAGAAACAAAUCUGUUUGUACAAUCUGAUGUAAAUCAGAUUUCAAGUGAAAAUGAUCUUCAGAAAAAUUUGGAAAAAGAUGUAGAGUCGUUCACCAUUCACCAAAGCCAAGCAGCAGAUUUGAACAAGGAAAAAGAUUUGGACGUAAGAGAAUCUGAAAUGAUGCAGAGUAAAUUAAAUGCUUUAGAAAAGGAAAAUUCCAAGCUCUACAAAUCUUUGGAAGGUUUGUUAAUUGAAAAAGGCGAGCUUGCUGCCAGAUUAAACUCAGUACAGCAAGAAGUACAUCAAAUGAGAUACGGAAUUGAGAAGCUGAAAGUCAAAAUUGAAUCUGAUGAGAAGAAGAAACGUCACAUAGCUGAGAAGCUGAAAGAAAGUGAAAGGAAAGCUGAUUCUCUUCUCGACAAAAUUGAGAGGCUUGAAAGAGAAUUGCAGAUGUCAGAAGAAAAUCUAGAAGAUGCAUUUGUUCAAUCAGAGACCGCUAAAGCAGAAGCAGAAACAUUAAAAAUUGAGAUGGAAGAGAUGGCUGAUAGGUCGAAAUGUUUAGAAUUAGAAAUUGAUGCCCUCAGCUCACAAAAAGAGUGUCUGGCUAAAAAUUUAAAGGAAAAGCAAGAAAGGAUCCUUGAACUAGAGUCUUCAAAUUUGGCUACAGUAAAAAUAUUAGAAGAAAAAGAGAAAGAAAAGAUGCAAAUCAAGGGUGAGUUUGAAAAUGCUGUAAUGUUGCUGAAAUCUGAACUGAAAGAUAUAAAUGAAAAACUAGAAUUUUCCUGCAAGGAGCAAGCUGUUGCUAGAGCAAAAGAAGAAGACUUAAUUAAUCAGGUAACUCACCUUGAGCAAGAUAGAGCAGUGCUAUUACAACAAUGCGAGGAAAUAAAAAGUGAAAAUAUCAAAUUAGAACAUUCAAAGGACAUACUUGUUGAACAGUUUAUGGAUUGUAAGCAAAAACUGGAUGAAAAGAUUCAAGAAAAUGGUGCUCUUCAAAAGCAAGUCAAAGAUGCAGAGCAGCUCUCUUUGCAGUUGACACGUAUGGAGCAUGAGCAUGAAUGUUGGCACCAGGAAAAGAAGGAGCUGGAGAAUUUGAUCACUGAAUUGAAGCUGAAGGGGCAACGCUUUUCUAGUAAUGAAAGUUUUCAGGAUAUCCUGGAUGCUCUAAAAAUAUCUUAUAAAGACCUUGGGAAGGAACUGGAAUCUACACUUUCCGAAAAGAACACUUUGUGUAAAAAGGUAAAUGAACUGACUGAAAGUUGUACUGAGUUGGAAGUCAAACUACGUAAUACUGAACUGAAGAUUUCCGAAUUAAAGGAAGAAUCUACUAUGGAAAGGAAGAAGCUUGCUGAACAAAUACAGCUUCUUCAAGAAGAGUCAGAAAACAACAAAAUUCAGCUGCAUCUGGCUAUAUCAGAAAAAAAUGAGCUGAGUAACAGUUUGGGGAUGGUUCAGAAAGAGUUCCAAGAAAAGGAGAGUGAAAUGAUAAGAGAAAUAUUAGAAUAUCAAGACAAACUUCAUCAAGCAGAGAAGGAUCAUCAGGCUGCUCUAACAGAGCUAAACCAAAAGAAUGAAGUAGAAAUUCAGGCUUGUCAAGAUAAAAUGAAUUCACUGGAGCAUUUCAUCAGUUCACAAAAAAUGGAAAUUGAGCAUUUGAAGUCAAAUAAAGAGGAAUUAAAUAAUUUUCUUAAAGAAGCUAAUCAGACGUUAGGAGAACUCCAGAAGAUUAAGGCUGACAAUAUUAACAGUAUAAUUGAACUAAAGAAAGAAAAUGAAUUUGCUCAUAGUAAAGUGCAGCUGUGGAUGAAAUCUUGUAAACAGAUGGAACAGGAAAAGGAAAUGUUGAAGAAACACAUAGCGGAACGUGAUGAGCUAUUGAAGAAGAAAAAUCUAAGUGCUGAUGAGAAUGCCAUUGCAAAAGAAACUAGGUUAAAACUGGAAGAAUUGCAGGAGUCUGUAGAAGUGAAAACUAGAGAGGCAAAUGAGAACUUGGAGAAAUACUGUUCUCUAAUUGUUAAAUAUUAUAAGCUAGAAGAAGCAAAUGAGAUGUUAAAAACUCAAGUCGCUUUGUUGAGUGGUCAGUUGAAACAGCCAAUGAGUGAUGCUGUGAGCUCUCCUGUGCCCAGUUCAGAUGCCUCGGGAACAGCUGAUGAUCAGUCAGUCAAGGGCAUGAAGUCAAAGGAAGAUACUACUAAGCUUUCAAGUAAAAGGCGGAGAAAUGAAGACUCCCCGAAAGCUAGUGGAGAACCAAGAUCCCCUAUGCCAAAGGCUUUAUCAAAAAAGAGAAGGAAGGAUGAUCUCCAUCAAAACUUGCUUUCACAGGAGAAUAUGCAGUAUGAGGUGGAUGGACUUCCAGAAGUGGUGAAAAAAGGUAUUUAUAUUUUUGUUAUAAAGGAAGGCAGUGGGAGUGAGGCCCUCCUCCCUUUCUACAUAGUGCCAGUUUAUGACAAUUUAGCGCUUGAGGAAGUGUGCUGGACGGAUCCUCGUCUGCCUUCCCGAAGCAGGAAAUUGUCUUCACCUCCACAAGAUGUUAAAAAAGCCAAAUCAGAUUAUCUUGGUGAGUGCUUUCAUCCAACAGCUGGUGGCAGCAAAUCACAAAAGGUAACUGAUGAGCAGCAGUCCCAAGGAGGAACAGUUCUUCCACUAACGAAGGCUACUUCAAGAUCACCGCUUUGCACAAAAACUAUUCCUGAGGGUAACACCACCGAGAGCAACAUGGUGCCCAAAGCCAAAAACUCCCUGAACGUACCGCCACCUGAGCAGCAUGAACAAGAAAACUGCAAGGUGCAGUAA